AUGAGUAGCACUUCAGGAGAAGUAUUUACAGGAGGCGCCACCACGUCGCAGCACGUCGAUGCUGAGAACGAGGACCAUUUCGAGAAUACGACUUUCAAGCUCAAGAGAACGAGGUCUUUGGGGUUGUUGGAUGAGUUUAUUCAGCCUACAACGCCGGCCGAUGGGGGAGACAAGAGCGAGGAGCCCCAGCACGAGGAGCUCCCAUCAUCAAUCCAGGCGCAACUCCUCGGCCAUGGACACGAUGAGUCUCAUUCAUACGACCAUGCUCCCGCAGCAGAAGCAGCUGACGUUGAUUUCGACGCUUCCAAGAACGAAAAUGAAAAAUGUGUUGAUGCCAUCAUUGAAGCCCCCAUGCAUAUAAAGUCUCCAGAAAUGUUGCCCCACGACGACACCGAUAUUAAGGAGGAGCCAUCACAACACGUGGAUUACCUUUCACAUCAGUGGGAUGUGUCGGACAUAUCGAAGUCUUGGAGGUAUAUCAUCCAGAAAAGGAGGGACGUUGCUGAUUCUGCCAGGUUAGAAAAUGCUUCGUGGAGAACGUGGGCCCAGAGACGAUCGAACUUAAAGACUAUAUCGCCUGAAGCGGUGAAUUGGUCCAAGGAGAGCGACGUUACAUGGCUAUAUGGACCUAUAUUGAAGGAUGACGAACAUCAUUCGCACGACGACGACUUGGAUUCGCAUAAGAGAGUGACUACGGCGACUAGUGCUGUUGCUGGGGAUAUAUCUUUACCUUCUUCUAAGAAGCGUGGCCCUAAGCCUAUCUUAAAACGUAGGACCGUUCAAGAUAUGAUUAUCAGUCAUUCUAACCUUUUAAAAUUACAAUUGGCCACGCAAAGGCUAAACCAACAAAAGGAGCAGAAGAGAGAGUUACAGCGGAAACUCUUAGAACAACAACAGUAUGAAAAGUCCCAUCAGAGGAAGAACCUGGAUAAUCAGGCACCAGAUUUUGAUGACUAUGAGGCUAUUUCUGCAAAGUUGAACUCCCAGUAUACCAAUUCGAGAAACAAUCUGAGUGUUAGUUUAAAAGGCUUGAAUACAUCCCCAAAGAAAGUAGAUUCACCAAGUACUAUUUUGAAUUCCGACAAGAUAGAAGAAGUGAAUGACAACGGAGGCUCAAGCAUACAUGAUUCCACUCAGUCCACUGAAGCCAUUCCUACUACCACCACCACCUAUACCGAUAAAAUUGACAAUGAUAAUGAUAAUGAUAAUACAAAGGAAACUAGUAGCAUAGUCGAGGAACCCCAGGCGACGCCGAUGUCUGAAACAUCCAGCAAAGAAAACAGACACAUUCAUUUUAGUGAUGUAGUUCAGCAAUGUAUCUCGAUUGAACCAUACAGCGAAGACGAAGAUGAUGAUUAUUAUGAAGAUGACUCCGAUGCAUAUGAAUACGACGAAGAUGCUGGUGAGGACUACAUAUACGAAGAAGGGCCACAUCAGGGGAAACGAGAUGAUGACGAUGAUGACGAAGACGAUGAUGACGAUGACGAUGACGAAGGGGGAUUCUUCUUAAGAGUUCCAUCAUCCGCAAGCUUGUCGGCGGGUCUUCCUGGAAUUUCUAUGUCUUCAGGGGAAUCAUCUGGAACAACAGAAAAUUCAGUUGGCGGUGAAUCGACACAAGCAGCAUCAGCAACUUCAUUAAAUGACAACGCCUCAGUUUCCUCUGGGGACAGUGUUAGAACAAUCCAUAUGUUGCCCCCAACCACAUUGAAUCAUGGCUCCUCAGAUGAAGAAAGUGACGAUGAUAAUCCAUACACCUCUAGUGUAUCGCACUAUGUUAACAAUGACAGUAGCAGAGGUUAUGAUUACCACUAUGAUUAUAACACCGUGUAUACCGUGGAUCCAAACCAUGCCAUAUUGGGUACUCAGAAUCAAAGAGCACCAGAUGUAGUUGAUGUGCCAGAGGAUAUUGCAUUGGGUUCCAAUUUUGAUUAUGAACAAAUUGAACAUCAAGAAAAUUCAUUACCUAUAAUUGAUCCAAAUCUCAUAAACAACAGUAAUUUGAAUAGAGUAGCGGGAAAUGAAAAUCCGAACACAUUGUUUUCAACAGAGGACGAUUAUUCAGGUUCAGACUCAGACUCAGACUCAGAUGAUGGAUUAUCCAUUGGGACCAAAAAUUCAAGUCAUUCGUUAGCUCAACUGGUAUUUGGGGGAGGAAUGACCAACCAUUUCAAUAAUAAUGCAACAACUGAUAAUAAAGAUAACUCAAUUAAUGCAACUAAUGAUAAUAAUAAUACUAAUAAUACUAAUAAUAAUAAUGCCAACUUCAAUUCAAAUAAUAAUGAAAAUCAAGGAAUCAACAAACAACCUACGUCAUCAAGUUCACUCUCUGAACUGUUUUUCGGAGGGACAACCGGAUUCACCAAGCUGAAGGGAUCUCAGAGUGCACUUUCUGAUCAAUUUUUCAAUCUCAGCAACAACCACAAUAACAACAGCAGUAACAAUAACUACAACAAUUACAGCACAACCUCCAACUACAAUAAUGUCGCUAGGAGCAGUAAUUCUCCAAAUUACAGCAAUGAACAAAUUGCCCCAACACAACGCAAGGCAUCCCCGCUACCACCACAGACGACAUCUGCGAAUGCGUUUCUGGGGAACACCACUCCACCUCAAAUAAUUCCUAGUAAUAACAGUAGGAAUACAUUUUUGUUUGAUUCUGAUAGUGACUCUGAAGACGAAUUUAUCGAAGAUGUCACUCCGCAGAAUACUAACAGCGGUGCUGAAAGCUAUGCAGCAUUGUCCCAUGUAGCAGGUGUAAAUGGGAUUAGAAGUCCGUCGCCAGAUGUAGGAGGAGGUGCUACCAAUGAUCAAGUCAGCCAUGGCGGGAAGCUCGUGGGACAAGCCAAGGGUCUAGCAAAUCACUUUCUUGGAUCAUGGAAGGGUAAUGGAGGAAGUGUUGACGAACAGUAA